GCGCCCCGCCCCGCGCCGCCGCCGGGGCCCGGCACCGCCGCCGCCGCCACCGGGCCCCGCUCUGCCGCCGCCGCCGGGCGGCUGUGCUGUGACCAGCAUCCCAGCCCAGUGCCCUGCCGUGGGGGCAAGAGUGCCCCAAGCCCUCAUCCACCAUGUUCAACCUGAUGAAGAAGGACAAAGAGAAGGAUGGGGCCCGGAAGGAGAAGAAGAAAGAGAAAAAGGAGCGAAUGUCAGCAGCUGAACUCAAGAGCCUGGAGGAGAUGAGCAUGCGCCGGGGCUUCUUCAACCUCAACCGUGCCUCCAAGCGGGACUCCAAGACCCGCCUGGAGAUCUCCAACCCCAUCCCCAUUAAAGUGGCCAGUGGCUCUGAGCUGCACCUCACAGAUAUUGACUCCGACAGCAACCGGGGCAGCAUCAUCUUGGACUCAGGCCACCUGAGCACGGCCAGCUCCAGCGAUGAUCUCAAGGCGGACGAUACCAACUUCAAGGGCUCGGUGCUGCAGCGGGCAGCCAAGUUUGGCUCCUUGGCCAAGCAGAACUCCCAGGUGAUUGUCAAACGCUUCUCCUUCUCCCAGAAAAGCCGGGAUGAGAGCACCUCAGAGACCUCCACGCCCUCUGAGCACUCAGCAGCCCCCUCUCCUCAGGUGGAGGUGCGCAUGCUGGACACCCCGCUGGACAAGCAGGGGGCUCCCCCCGGACAGCCCUGCACCCCUCCUGCCGCCUCCCUGCGUGCCAGGGUGCCGGAGCUCAUUGGUAAGAAGUUCCCUGCCGAGCUUCGGCUGCCCGCCCUGGUGCCCCCGCAGCCCCCCACGCCACGGCAGCUGGAGCUGCAGAGGCGCAACACGGGCGAUUUCGGCUUCUCCCUGCGCCGCACCACCAUGCUGGACCGCGGCCCCGACGGGCAGGUGUACCGGCGCGUCGUGCACUUCGCCGAGCCCGGAGCCGGCACCAAGGACUUGGCCUUGGGCUUGGUGCCGGGAGACCGGCUGGUGGAGAUCAACGGGAGGAACGUGGAGAGCAAAUCCCGGGAUGAGAUCGUGGAGAUGAUCCGGCAGUCGGGGGACACGGUGCAGCUGAAGGUGCAGCCCAUCCUGGAGCUGAGCGAGCUGAGCCGCUGCUGGCUGCGGGGCGGCCAGGGGACACGCCGUGCUGCCUGGGAUCUGGACCCCGCCGCCUCCGCCUCGGCACCCAGCCAGGUACUGUACCCCCGUCCUCAGGAGCCCUCUGCCUCCACCAGCGACCCCCUGCCAUCCUCUGUGUGCCUCUGGGCUGGCGUCUGCGCCCGCGCCUCCUGCUGGAGUGGUCCAGCGGACGAUGCGCCGGCAGCUCCCCUCGGCCCCGUCCCUGCUGCAGCUCAGGCCAAGACAGAGGAGCAGAUAGCAGCUGAGGAGGCCUGGUACGAGACCGAGAAGGUGUGGCUGGUGCACAGGGAUGGCUUCUCCUUGGGCAGCCAGCUGCGGCCGGAGGCGGGCAGUCCCCUGCCCGAGGGCAAGGUGAAGGUGAAACUGGACCACGAUGGAGCCGUCUUGGAGGUGGAGGAGGACGAUGUGGAGAAGGCAAACCCCCCGUCCUGUGACCGUGUCGAGGACCUCGCCAGCCUCCUCUACCUCAACGAGUCCAGCACGCUGCACACGCUGCGCCAGCGCUACGGCGGCAACCUCCUGCACACCUACGCCGGGCCCACCAUGGUCAUCAUCAACCCGCUGAGCUCCCCCUCCAUGUACUCCGAGAAGGUGAUGCACAUGUUCAAGGGGUGCCGCAGGGAGGACACGUCCCCGCACAUCUACGCGGUGGCGCAGGCGGCGUACCGCAGCAUGCUGAUGAGCCGCCAGGACCAGGCCAUCGUCCUGCUGGGCGCCAGCGGCAGCGGCAAAACCACCAACUGCCAGCACCUGGUGCAGUACCUCGCCACCAUCGCCGGCAGCACCGGCAAGGUGUUCUCUGUGGAGAAGUGGCAGGCUCUCUACACCAUCCUGGAGGCUUUUGGCAAUAGCAGCACUGGCAUGAACGGCAACGCCACGCGCUUCUCCCAGAUCAUCUCCCUGGACUUCGACCAGGCCGGGCAGGUGGCGUCUGCCUCUGUACAGACCCUGCUGCUGGAGAAACUGCGUGUGGCCCGGCACCCGGCCAACGAGGCCACCUUCAAUGUCUUCUACUACCUGCUGGCCUGCUCUGACAGCACCCUGAGGACUGAGCUUCACUUCAACCACCUGGCAGAGAACAAUGUCUUCGGCAUCGUGCCCCCCUCCAAGCCAGAGGAAAAGCAGAAGGCAACCCAGCAGUUCAGCAAGCUCCUGACAGCCAUGAAGGUGAUGGGCAUCUCAGGAGAUGAGCAGAAAGCCUUCUGGCUCAUCCUGGGGGCCAUCUACCAUCUGGGAGCUGCUGGGGCAACCAAAGAGCCACUGGCAGAUGGAGCUGACGCCGACGAAGCUGGGAGGAAGCAGUUUGCACGGCACGAGUGGGCUCAGAAAGCCGCCUACCUGCUGGGCUGCAGCCUGGAGGAGCUCUCCUCUGCCAUCUUCAAGCACCAGCCCAAGGGCACCCUGCAGCGCUCCACCUCCUUCCGCCAGGGCCCCGACGAGUCUCCCCUGGGGGACAGCGGCACAGGUCCCAAGCUGACGGCGCUGGAGUGCCUGGAGGGCAUGGCAGCUGGCUUGUACUCUGAGCUCUUCACACUCCUCAUCUCCCUCCUCAACAGGGCGCUGAAGUCGAGCCAGCACUCAGUGUGCUCCGUGACAGUGGUGGACACCCCUGGGGCACAGAACCCCAAGCUGGCAGGGCAAAGCCGGGGUGCCACCUUUGAGGAGCUGUGCCACAACUACGCCCAGGAGCGCCUGCAGCAGCUCUUCCACCAGCGCACCUUCGCCCGCGAGCUGGAGCGAUACAAGGAGGAGAACAUAGAGCUCGCCCUGGCUGAUGCUGAGCCCAGCUCCUCUGGCUCCAUAGCUGCUGUGGACCAGUCCUCACACCAGGCACUGGUCCGGUCUCUGGCCCGCACGGACGAGGCGCGGGGGCUGCUGUGGCUUCUGGAGGAGGAGGCUCUGCAGCCGGGGGGCAACGAGGACACCUUGCUGGAGCGGCUCUUCUCCUACUACGGCCCCCAGGAAGGGGGUAAAGAAGGGCACAACCCGCUGCUCCCCAGUGACAAACCCCGACACUUCCUCCUGGGACACAGCUCGGGGACCAACUGGGUGGAGUACGACGCUACGGGAUGGCUCAACUACGUCAAGCACAACCCGGCCUCCCAAAACGCCUCUUCCCUGCUGCAGGAGUCCCAGAAGAAGGUGAUCAGCAGCCUGUUUGCGGGGCGCGGCGGCUCGGCGCUCGUGCUGUCGGGCUCGGUGGCGGGGCUGGAGGGCGGCUCCCAGCUGGCCCUGCGCCGCGCCACCAGCAUGCGCAAGACCUUCACCACCGGCGUGGCCGCCGUCAAGAAGAAAUCCCUCUGCAUCCAGAUCAAGCUGCAAGUGGACGCCCUCAUCGACAGCAUCAAGAAGUCCAAGCUGCACUUUGUGCACUGCUUCCUGCCCAAGGCGGGGGCUGGUGGGGACCCCCAGGCCGUGCUGUGCCGGCGGGUGAGCAGCAGUGAGCUGGAGCUGCCGGCAGAGCACUGCGAGGCCGGGCUGAUGCAGCUGGACGUGCCCCUGCUGCGCGCGCAGCUCCGCGGCUCCCGCCUGCUCGACGCCCUCCGCAUGUACCGCCAAGGUUACCCUGACCACAUGGUGUUUGCGGAGUUCAGGCGGCGCUUUGAUGUCCUGGCCCCACACCUGACCAAAAAGCACGGGCGCAACUACAUCGUGGUGGAUGAGAAGCGGGCAGUGGAGGAGCUCCUGGAAUCGCUGGACCUGGAGAAGAGCAGCUACCACAUGGGCUUGAGCCGGGUGUUUUUCCGGGCUGGAUCGCUGGCCAGGCUGGAGGAGCAGCGGGACACGCAGACCAGCAGGAACAUCACCCUUUUCCAGGCAGCGUGCAGGGGCUUCCUGGCACGGCAGCACUUCAAGAAGAGAAAGAUCCAGGAUUUGGCCAUCCGGUGCGUGCAGAAGAACAUCAAGAAGAACAAAGGGGUGAAGGAUUGGCCCUGGUGGAAGCUCUUCACCACCGUGCGGCCCCUCAUCGAGGUGCAGCUCACCGAGGACCAGAUCCGUGGCAAAGACGAAGAGAUCCAGCAGCUGAAGAGCAAACUUGAGAAGGUGGAGAAGGAGCGCAACGAGCUGCGGCUCAACAGCGACCGCCUGGAGAGCAGGAUCACAGAACUGACAUCGGAGCUGACGGACGAGCGCAACACCGGCGAGUCGGCCUCCCAGCUGCUGGACGCUGAGACGGCUGAGAGGCUGCGGGCUGAGAAGGAGAUGAAGGACCUGCAGGCCAAGUACGAUGCCCUGAAGAAGCAGAUGGAGUCGAUGGAGAUGGAGGUGAUGGAGGCUCGGCUCAUCCGGGCGGCUGAGCUCAAUGGGGAGCUCGACGAUGAUGAUUCAGGUGGCGAAUGGCGGCUGAAAUACGAGCGAGCGGUGCGGGAGAUCGACUUCACCAAGAAACGGCUGCAGCAGGAGCUGGAGGACAAGCUGGAGGUGGAGCAGCAGGGCAAGAGACAGCUGGAGCGCAAGCUGGCGGACCUGCAGGCGGACAGCGAGGAGAGCCAGCGGGCGCUGCAGCAGCUGAAGAAGAAGUGCCAGCGCCUGGCUGCCGAGCUGCAGGACACCAAGCUGCACCUUGAGGGACAGCAGGGACGCAACCAUGACCUGGAGAAGAAGCAACGGAGGUUUGACAGCGAGCUCUCGCAGGCGCACGAGGAGGCGCAGCGGGAGCGGCUGCAGCGGGAGAAGCUGAGCCGAGAGAAGGAUGUGCUGGUGGCCGAGGUCUUUGGCCUCAAGCAGCUGCUGGAGGACAGGGACUCGGACAUCGCAGGGCUGACGCAGAAGGCAGAGGCGCUGGAGGCAGAGCUGCAGGACAUCUCCUCCCAGGAGUCAAAGGAUGAAGCCUCCCUGGCCAAGGUGAAGAAACAGCUGAGGGACCUAGAGGCGAAGGUCAAAGACCAGGAGGAGGAACUGGAUGAGCAGGCUGGGACCAUCCAGAUGCUGGAGCAGGCGAAGCUGCGGCUGGAGAUGGAGAUGGAGCGGCUGCGGCAGACCCACGCCAAGGAGGUGGAGAGCCGUGAUGAGGAGGUGGAGGAGAUCCGGCAGUCAUGCCAGAAGAAGCUGAAGCAGAUGGAGGUGCAGCUGGAGGAGGAGUAUGAGGACAAGCAGAAGGUGCUGAGAGAGAAGCGGGAGCUGGAGAGCAAGUUAUCUGCUGUCAGCGAGCAGGCCAACCAGCGGGACUUUGAGACGGAAAAGCGCCUGCGCCGGGACCUGAAGAGAACGAAGGCGCUGCUGGCUGAUGCUCAGAUCAUGCUGGACCACCUGAAAAACAACGCACCCAGCAAGAGGGAGAUCACCCAGCUCAAGAAUCAGCUGGAAGAGUCGGAGUUCACCUGUGCAGCCGCUGUCAAGGCCCGCAAAUCCAUGGAGGUGGAGAUCGAGGACCUCCACCUGCAGAUUGAUGACCUUGCCAAGGCCAAGGGAGCGCUGGAGGAGCAGCUGAGCCGUCUGCAGCGGGAAAAGAAUGAAGUGCAGAGCCGGCUGGAGGAGGACCAGGAGGACAUGAAUGAGCUGAUGAAGAAGCACAAGGCAGCUGUGGCCCAGGCAUCCCGGGACCUGGCACAGAUGAAUGACCUCCAGGCACAGCUGGAGGAGGUCAGCAAGGAGAAGCAGGAGCUGCAGGAGAAGCUGCAAGGUCUGCAGAGCCAGCUGGAGUUCCUGGAGCAAUCCAUGGUGGACAAGUCGCUGGUGAGCCGGCAGGAGGCCAAGAUCCGUGAGCUGGAGACCAGGCUGGAGUUCGAGAGGACACAAGUCAAGCGCCUGGAGAGCCUGGCCACGCGGCUGAAGGAGAACAUGGAGAAGCUGACGGAGGAGCGGGAUCAGCGCGCGGCCGCCGAGAACCGGGAGAAGGAGCAGAACAAGAGGCUGCAGCGGCAGCUCCGCGACGUCAAGGAGGAGAUGGGCGAGCUGGCCAAGAAGGAGGCAGAAGCCAGCCGCAAGAAGCACGAGCUGGAGAUGGACCUGGAGAGCCUGGAAGCUGCCAACCAGAGCCUGCAGUCAGACCUGAAGCUGGCCUUCAAGCGCAUCGGGGACCUGCAGGCGGCCAUCGAGGAUGAGAUGGAGAGUGACAGCAAUGAGGACCUCAUCAACAGUUUGCAGGACAUGGUGGCAAAGUAUCAGAAAAGAAAGAGUAAAAUCGACGGUGACUCAGAUGUGGACUCAGAGCUGGAGGAGCGCGUGGAUGGGGUGAAGUCUUGGCUCUCCAAGAACAAAGGCUCCUCCAAAACGCUCUCUGAUGAUGGCAGCCUGAAGGGCAGCAGCCCCACGAGCUCCCGGCACACCUUCACCUACGACAGAUGGGACGACGAGCAGGACGCCGGGGACAGCACACGCCGCUCGUCCCGCAGCUCCCCCAGUGCCAGCGAGGCGGAGAGCCGGGCUGCCGAGACCCCCGCCUAGCCCCCCGCCACCGCCGCUUCCCACCGCCCCGGGAGGGAGCGCUCAGCCCCGGGGCCGCCCCGGGCAGCCGGUAUUUGUUCUGCACGGGUUUGGGGGGCACACACGGGGGGAGCAGCCCGGCCGGCUCGCUGGCUGCACCCCCCUCCCUCCCACCUCCUGUCUGUCCCUGGCGGCGGAGUCGGCUGCUCCGGCACCCGGGAUUUAUUCCUCAGUGCCUGCUGGCACCUUGUUUUGUAACUUAAACUCCCCCCUUCGGCACCCUGCCGUCCUCUUACACCCCUUUUAGUUGAGCCAAAGACGUCUCUCGCUGGCCGGGCCCUGGGGAGCAGCCGGGAGGGGGACAUGGGGAGAGGGUCCCAUGUGCCCACCCGGGUUUUUGUGACCCCCCCCCCAGCCCCCCACCUCUGCCUGGCUGUUUUGCACUAGCCCAGCUGUGCAUCUUCCCCCACUCUCUUUACUUUCAGUAUGAAAAUAAACGUCAUUUCUGGCUGGUGA